UUUUAUAUGAUUACGGUAUCCUUCAUCUAGGCUACGGAGUCAGAAGUGGGGCCGGGAGAACAGCUGGAUGCGGUCUCGGGUUUAGGGUAAAGCGCUGACCAUCAGUCCUCUCGGAUUUACACAUCUCACUGAAGAUCCUUUAAUUAAAAAACGGGCACGUGCUGCCAUGGAUACAAGCUGGCUGGCGCUGCAGGUGGAGAGUGUGGAUCGGAGCGUGGCGUUCCUGCGGCAGGAUCAGCUCACGCUGCUGGAGGGCCUCCAUCUGGAGAUACGAUCCCUGCAGAAACGCUGCACUGAGCUGACCUGUGAGCUGGAACUACAGCCCACACGACGCACCCUGGCAGAGGUGGAGGCGGAGGAGGAGGUCCUGCUGGGCCGGUGUGAGGAGGUACAGGUGCGGCUGGAGGAGGAGCAGUGGACGGUGGGGGAGCUGCAGCAGGAGCUGAGCCAGAAGGGGGCACUGGUGAGAGCCCUACGCUGCAGCCUGCGCGAGGAGGAGCGUCGCUUCCUGCAGGAGCUGCGGCUGCGCAGCCAGCAAGGCGCAGAGCUGCGCACACAGCUGCGCAUACAGACCGAGGCUGCGGCCUACCUGGCCCUGCAGCUGCACUCCGCUCGACACAACCUGCACCAGCAGCACCUGCAGUGGCCUCCGCAGGCCCCGCCCACAGCCCCUCAGGCCCCGCCCACCGCCCUGGAGGCCCCGCCCACAGCCCUGAGCCCACCCCCCGCCCCAGACCAGCGCCACUCCCUCCUCGCAGAGAGAGCCAGGGAGUGCGUUCCCCGUGAGAGAGUGACCGCCCCUGAGGACCCCACCCCCAUGCCAGACCCUGCCCUCUUCCUCCCCCCCCGCUGGAGCAGGCUC